AUGUCCUCUUGGAAAAUAAGAUACUCAUUGGUCCCUGGUGUUGAAAACCGAUACAAUUACACAUUCCUUCUGGUUGCUUUCAUUUGUUUCAUAUAUAUUUCUAUUAUUUUCAUUUUCGACACGAUACCGAGUACGAAAAUUGUGUGGAAUGCCGAUGAAACUGAGCCUGGGCAUCUUAAAAUAGGAAUAGUUAUGAUUGUGACGAAGGAAACAAAACCAGAGUAUUAUGAACAUGCAAUACAAUCAGUUCGCUGUUAUUGCAAAAUACAUGGUUAUGGAUUCGUUUUGGCUGUGGAUUCAAACUUCAACUGUUCUCAUCAAGAUAAAUUCUUCCGUCGUCACUGUGCUGCUGCCAAGAUUCUCCCGUUAUUUGACGCGAUCCUAUUCCUUGACGCUGACAUUGGAAUCGUGAAUCCAAACCGUAGAAUAGAAGAGUACAUGGAAAAUGACAUUGAUGUUAUAUUCUACGAUAGAUUUUACAAUUGGGAAGUUAUGGCUGGAUCCUAUAUUGCUAGGAAUACUCAGUACGCUGUGGAUUUGCUCAAUGAAUUUGCUGAUUAUGAAUUCAAACUACCAAAAAGUUUUCAUGGAACAGAUAACGGAGCAUUGCAUAUUUUCCUCGCUGAAAAGUUGUUUCCACAUGCUUCCAUUGAGACUGACAUCUGCAAAAAAGUGUACGCUAAAUCGAACGGUUACGAAGAUCUCUUCACAUACGAAGCUUGCGUCAGAGCAAUUUUCGGAGCUGGAACAGAUUUCGGAAAAGUUCGGAUAAAGAGAAAAGGAACUGGUUGGGCAAGAGACGGAUGGCUCACGUCAAUGUUAUGGCAUCCCGAUAUUGAUUUCAUGUUCCAUGGAUGGAAACUCAAUCAAUUGAAAGAAACCCCAUCACAUGGUCUGACACCAAAUCAAAUGGGAAGGAGUCAAUGGUUCAAUCCAUUGAGCGGCCCAAUUGAUUUAUCGACAUGUAGUCCUCAAAACAAAACUUGGUCAUAUGAUCCACGUCUUCGAGGGAAUAAAGAAGAUAUUUUGAAGAGUCUUCGGAAAUUCGAAGAGGAAAUCGCAGUGCAACAAGUGAACUCUUAUUGUAGAAUGACGGAGAUGAUGCUUCGAAAAUAA